GGAACAGAUGAAGAUAGACACUCAAAAGUCUCCACUGAAAGGUUUAGAUUAAUAGUGCUUGGAGGUGAUGUUGCUCUCAUGAAUCAAGCGUGUAAUAUCCUCAUCGGUAACAGACAGGAACGGGAUAACAGUCAUUUCAAAACAUGUGAUCUUAGGGAGGGUCAGGUUAAUGGACGAACGAUAUCUGUGUUAAACACUUCUUCCAAUUGGCUAGAACGGUUGAAAGGACGUUUUUUUUUCAAUAGCAAAGUCGAGUCUAUAAGAAAGGAAAUGGAGGCCUGUGAACCUCUGGUCUUUCCAGGACCUCAUGCUUUUCUGCUGGUGCUUAGAGAUGAGCAUAACUCUGGUAAAGAGCAUCGUCUUUUAAAAGCUCUUAGUAAAGUGUUCGGAGAGAAUGCUUUAGACUACAGUUUCACGUUAUUUUUGAAUGAUGUUAAUCAAAGUGCUGCAGGUAGAAAUCGCAGUGUCACAAUGUGUAGAAACAAUUACCACAUUCUAAAGAACACUGAUGAAAGUGUUGAAGAGUUACUCCAAUAUAUGACAAGAAUGAAAUCUGGAAAGGAUUUUUUCACAAAUGAUUUAGACUACUUUAAAGAAGCAAAACGUUAUUUUCAAAUAGAGUUUGAAGCUGAGAAAAAACUGACCAAAGAAGAAGUAGAAAAGAAAGAGAAACAAAUGGAAAUCGAGCAUGCAAAGACAUUGAGGGAAUUGAAAGAGGCUCGUAGAAAUGUGACACUUUUAACAGAAAAGUUGAAUGCUCUCCAGCAGAGUGAACUGAAAGCCUCCAGAGUGCUUCAAAAAACUGUAGAGCAGUUCAAUGCCAGUGUGCAGAAGGUAGAGAAGUAUUGGAGUGAUGCACCAGGUCAGAAAACAUUUCCUCAUGCAGAAAUGCAGUCAGAAAGUAAGCUAACACAGAGACCACAAACCAUAAAAAAACAAUCCCAUGAGAAAGAGAGAGAUCUGGAAAGAAGAGAGAUGUUACUGGAGGCCAGAGAAAGAGAACUGUCCCAGAGAGAAGCCCGUUUCAGAGGAAGAUCAGACUAUGAACAGUACAGCAGCAUGGACCUCGCUAGUUCAUCUGAACACAAAGAUGAAAGCGAGGGCGAGACGGAGGAAAUUUCACAAGCCAGUGGAUCAAAAAAGUUUGAAAGCUCAAAACGAGUGAGAAGAAACAGCAAGGAACUAGAUCCACCCAACUUUUCCUGGACUGAAAAUCCCUGUUAGACUUGGUACUGACUUGCACUUUAGUAACAUCACAGAGUAUUUGUCUCUGAAUGUCAGCCAAAGCUGAUGUUUGUACUGUAGCUGAUUUGUUUACUGUAGAUGUUUUCAGUGAUGAUAUUUUGUUGUUAUAGCUUUAUAAGAACAACUCGACAUGUGUUCUGAUUAUGAGGCAAAUGUACAGUAUUUUAAAUGAUGGUUAAAACAUCUAAAAUAUGUUUUUGAGAGUUUUGAACCUUGAGCUAAAUUAAGUGUUUAUACAGUUGACUGUAAUGUGCUUUUGUUAUAGACUGACAGCAAAAUUGAAACGUUUAUGUAUUAUAAUUAUGUAUU